UGAUCAGAACAGACGCCAAGGAUACAGUUUCGCGAACAGAACGACAGGCGACUGCUAACGGACCACACGGUACUCCCGGUUCUUCUGUUUUACCGACCAGGAACGGAUUAGAAAAAUGAAGUUGCUUGAAAGAAGUGAAACUGAAAAUGUGAAUCAGAAAAAUACCAGAAAGCUCCUCAAACCGCAGGUGGAGAAGCGUCGGAGAGAGAGAAUGAACCGCAGUCUGGAGAGCCUGAGAGCGCUGCUGCUGCAGGGGUCCCAGCACCAGGCGCUGGCGAGUCGCAGAGUGGAGAAAGCAGAGGUGCUGGAGCACACGGUGCUCUUCCUGCAGAGCGCUGCCCACAGAGGGGCAGCUGAAGGCAGCCAGCAGCAGGACUUCCAGGACGGGUUCUCCACCUGCCUGCAGCGAGCAGCGCGCUUCCUGCGGGACAGCAGGGCGGGGCGGCGGGGGGAGGGGGCGCUGAGCGUCACCCUGUCCCGUCACCUGACGCACCCCGGCCCGCUCCCCAGAGUUCCCAUCAGCCCCCACUCUGCCCACACGCAGCCCAAGGGGCAGAGCGCCCAGCUGGGGGGGCAGAACUGGCACUGCAGCCAGCAGCAUGGAGCCGCCCUCAGGAACAGCCCCUCCCACCAGCUCAGAGCGGCCCUGGCACACAGACACCCCAACCUGCCCCAGCCCCCCCACAGAGAGGCUCUGUCACCCCCCACAAACAGCCAGUCACCAUGGAGACCCUGGCCCUGAAACCAGCCUCAGGAUGGACACUGCCUUCUGAUUGGACUGAGACACUGAAGGAAAGAUGCUGUAAUUUGUAAAUUCUGCUGUAUAUAGAUAAAUUAUGAACUGCAGUUCCACUCUAUUUAACACUUAAGCCAAAUUCAGAUCAAAACUGUCAUAGCAGAUGAGAUGAAGGGUGAAUUUUAAAAAUACACGUUUUAGAAUAUUGCUGAGUAAAAAUACAGCUCAAAGACAGAAAUUCAAUGACCAUAUAAAUGCUUUUAAAAAUUAUUGAACCCACUCAAGCAACUCACAUCUUGAAUUUAGAGAUUGCAGUAGCAGUUCAUGCCAAACAAAAUUCUCUCUGGAAAUGUUCUAAAACCAUCUCAUCGGCUUUUGUGGUUUUAAAAGAAAAUUAACUGGCAGAAAGAUCACAGACUCCUGUACCAUAAUGUGCAAUGAUAAAUCUACCCAGAUAUGCAACAAACUGCUAAUGAUUACUGUCAUAGACCAAGUCUGCACAGUCUUCAAAGAAGACAUUCCACACUGUAUAAUAUUACCAUGUUGUAUUUCUAAAAUGCAUUCCAAUGGACAGAUUAUUUAUAAUAAAUG